UACGCUUGCGUGCAAUCGCACACAUACUGAGCAAGUGUGAUGAAAUGAAUUACAUAUUUUUUACUCACAUUACUUUGCUAUAUGGAUCCGAGCAAACAGCGCCACCUGGUGAUGCGCUUGCGGUUUAUUCCACCAGAGUUAAACAAGGUUAUAUUUUUCCAUGGUAACGCGUAUGUAAACAAAUAGCAACAUGCGAAGACCAUCAGUUUUUGUCGCCAAAGAUCCUGAUAAAGAAUUCCGGUAUGGCUCUCGCAACUGGCUGCUUCACGCGCGCUACGUUCGCGGCGAACAUGCCAUGUGCCUGGACCUGGCUGACGACCUUCAGAAAAACGCUGACAACAGGCAUAGAUACGCACAUUAUGUCAAGGGCUUAGUGUACGCGGACGCUGGGCGUCAUCAGGAGGCGCUGGAGAGGUUCCAUAGCUGCAUCAGGCUGCAGCCGACAGACCCUGAGCCUUUGAAGCAAGUCGCUAAAAGCCUGUCUUGCCAGGGUCGCUACCAGCUCUCAUUGGAAGCUUAUUUGGAGGCGGAUAAGCUGACCAAGCAUCCGGAUAGCGACAUCUACUGCGCUCUAGCUGAAUGUGCGAGUAACCUGGGCCAGAUAGAGCGCGGGGUGGAAUGGGCGCGUGCGGGCGUGCAGGCCGGCGGGGGAGAGCGGGCGGGGGCGCUGCUGGCGCGCCUGCUGCUGGCGUCGGGAGACGCUGUGGGCGCUUCGGCGGCGUACGACCAGGCUAUUGCGACGCACGCCUGCGGUGCGGACACACUAGCCGCAGCGGGCGCGUUGCGUCUCCGCGCCGGCGCGCCGCGCGAAGCCUUCCAGCUGCUGGGGGCAGCACUGGCACAGCAGCCGUCGCAGCACGCCGCCGCACUGGCGCUGGCUGCUAUGAUGCUGCAGCACCGAGAUCUGGAUGCAGCUUUAGCCAGACUUAAAGCGGCUCUCUCUGCCCAUCCAACUUGUGUAGCUGCACAUAGUAACUUGGGCUUGGCUUUAAUGGCGAAGAAGAAAUAUGUUGCAGCGCUGACCUGUCUCCAACGAGCAGUAUGGUCGGCCCCGCUCAGCGCCCGUGCUGCCCACAACUUGGGUCUCGCGUUACUACUGUGUAGACGACCGGCCUCCGCUUUCUGUAGGCUGGCUACGGCAGCGGCAUUGCAGCCACGACAACCUUACACGGUCCUUCUAAUAGGCAUCGCGCUAGAACGCCUCGGGGACGCUCGCGCUGACGCCGCGUACGCCCGCGCCGCAGCUUUAGCGCCGGGCGACGCGCUGGUGCGUCUCAACCGCGCCGGGCGUCUCGCGCGUUCCGGUCAUCCUGGGAAGGCUGUGGAAGAGGCUCGUGCGGUGGCUGAGAUAUUACAGAGAGAGGAGAAGCCUGACGCUCAGCUAACUAGUUCUCUGGCAACACUACUGGCCCUGCUACGUGACGCUGGCGUGCAGCUGGCAGACUUGCCAGACCACCUGCCUCGCGCCGACACGCCAGACGACCUGCCAGAAGAUGACAUGACAGCUGACGAGGUUUAGAAUUGUAGAAAACGUCGUUAAAUAAUGUAAGAUUGCCGCACAAAACAUACCUCCCCAGCGAGAACUGGAAGCAGAAUUAAUAGUACUACCACCUCUCAUCCUUGGGUACGAAGAUUUAGAAGAAUCCGAUAACGAAUCGGCCCCGGAAAAUCUUCGUCAACUCAAGUCGUCAAGUCCAGUACCGACUACCGGGGGCUUGGCACAAGAGUUGGCUGCAAAAAUGUCGCGUAUGGAUGACACCUAUAAACUGGGGAUGGCAAAUGAGCUGGCCAAACUUUUGCAGCUCGGUGUUUUAGGUGCGACCACUUCGGCCGAUUUUACUAAGAGAAGGGGAAGGGCCGGUGUUGAGCGGAGGCCAGUGGGUUUGCCUGAUAUGGAUUUCAGCUAGAUGUUUUGUUUUAGUCGGUGGAUCUGAACACAAUCUUUACAAUAGUUACAUGAAAACUCAAAAUUUCCCACCAUACGUCUCCUUUUAAAAUGUAU